CAACGAAUAUGGAACUUCUGCCUCCUGACGGAGACGAGACUUGUACUGGCAUACGUUCCGACCCAUUUCAACCCGGCAGACAGCGUCUUACGGCCAACGAAUCCGUCGGGGUCACCAUCCGCCCACAGUGAUUCCAAGAUCUGUCCGGUAGCAGCAUUUCGAGCUUACAUAGCCCAACAUGCCAGCUAAUCUUGCCACGGAAACCAUCAAGGCUUACCACAUGUCCGCAUAAAUUACUUGAUACGCCAUAUCCGUGAUAACAACAAACCAAUCUACGCCCAAAGGAUUAGCAAACAUAUCAAGGCGGUAAUGUCUCACAUCCCCAAUACUUCCAGUCUCAAUGGUAAGACAUUGGGUUCUACUCGUGCUCUUGCUGCUGGCGCUUCAGUCGACGAAGUGGUUCGCCCAUGGUAACUUGGCUUCUCGAGAUACGUUCGAAACGUUUUAUCGGUUGUCCACCGAACAUCACAAAAAUUUCACAGCGUUGACGCUGUCUGAAUCUCUGGAGUCACAAGACAGGGAUCCACAAUCCGACAUAUAUAUCUCUAAGGCUUCUCCUAUGAAGCUGUCGUCACCAAAAAUAAAAAAUGUCAGAUCAACCGAACGCCGAUUCAAUACCGGCGAAGUCAAAUUGAAUAUCCUCUUUAAAUUAAAAUUUCUUUUGCAUUUUUACAUUAUAAGUCACGAAACAAUAAGUUUCAAUAGAGCAGUUGAUUAAUAGAAUAAAAAGCAGUUUUUAACCUCAC